AUGCUGCGUUCGGCGCCGCCCGGCCGCUACCUGUACCCUGAAGUGAGCCCGAUGUCGGAGGACGAGGACCGAGGCAGCGAGAGCUCGGGUUCAGACGAGAAACCCUGCCGCGUGCACGCGGCGCGCUGUGGCCUCCAGGGCGCCCGGAGACGGGCCGGGGGCCGGCGGGCGGGGGGCAGCGGCCUGGGGCCUGGAGGGCGGCCGGGCCGCGAGCCCCGGCAGCGGCACACGGCGAACGCGCGGGAGCGGGACCGCACCAACAGCGUGAACACGGCUUUCACCGCGCUACGCACGCUCAUCCCCACCGAGCCCGCUGACCGCAAGCUCUCCAAGAUCGAGACCCUGCGCCUGGCCUCCAGCUACAUCUCGCACCUGGGCAACGUGCUGCUGGUGGGCGAGGCCUGCGGCGACGGGCAGCCCUGCCACUCGGGGCCCGCCUUCUUCCACGCAUCGCGUGCCGGCAGCCCCCCGCCCCCGCCGCCCCCACCCCCCGCCCGGGACGGGGAGAACGCCCAGCCCAAACAGAUCUGCACCUUCUGCCUCAGCAACCAGAGAAAGUUGAGCAAGGACCGAGACAGAAAGACGGCGAUCCGGAGUUAG